AUGGAGAUUGCUUUGUUUGGACGAAACAAAUUGGGAUUCAUUGAUGGUUCAAUUUUACGAAGUGAUUUCGAUGGACCUUUGAAGAAAAUCUGGGAUCGAUGCAAUGCAAUUGUGAUCACUUGGCUUAUUUACAACGUUAGUCAAGAUCUGCUUAGUGGCAUUCUCUAUUCAUCAAGUGCAAAUCAGGUAUGGCUAAAUCUCAAGAAACGAUUUGACAAAAUCAAUGGAUCUAGACUUUCUCAAUUGCAUAGAAACAUAUUCACUCUUACUCAAGGGACUUUGAAUGUGUCUCCUUAUUAUACAGAAUUGAAAAGUCUAUGGGAUGAGUAUGAUUCAAUAUUACCUCCACCUAGUUGUGACUGUCAUAAGGCAAAGGAUUAUAUGAAACAGAUGCAGUAUCAGAAGUUACUGCAAUUUCUAAUGGGCUUGAAUGCAAGUUAUUCUCAGGUAAAGAGGUCAUAUUUUGAUGAUGUCGUGUCUUCCUAA